AUGCGCCUCUCCGCCGCCCUGCUGCUCUGCAUCGUCACACAGCCCUGGACCGCCACAGCAAACGUCGAGAAAACAAUUUUCCUGGGCCCUGCUGCUGCUGCUGCCGCCCUCUCCAAUGCGCGCCCCGACCUAGCCGGGCUCGGGUUGCAAGUUGUCUCGCCGGCCACCACUCUUCUGCCUCUACAGGUUCCUGUUGCGUUUCCCACCGAGUCAGCGCCCCACGGCCUCGAGUCCUGGUAUCUCCUGCGCGGCCUCGACCACGGGCGCAGGUACGAGGUGCGCAUCUGCUGGCCAGCAACACAACCAGCAGACUUCUGGCUCGAUACUUACCCCCUCGACCGCGUCUUCGAUACGCCCGACCUGGCUGCGUCACUCUCACGCUACAGCCAGCACCGUCAAGACUCCAAGCUGCACGCCUGGCAAGACUCCGACGAAGCAGACCCCAAUGCCCAAGAGUCUGUGCUGUUACUUCGUCUCCAGGCUGCAGCGUUCUACUACUCGACCAAUCGCACAUUGAUGCAUCAUCCGCCCCCGGUCCAUGUCGAUAUCAUUCUCGAUCCCUUCGUACUGAACGUCUUCCCGCAAUCCCUCGGGCCCGUCGCCAUAUACAUUACUCUGGUCGCCCUUGGAGCCUACUUCCUCUCUGCCUCCAUCUACCGCUGGCUGCUCUCUAUUGCCGCAGAUUCGCCCAGCAAGCCCCAUACCGAGUGA